AUGAAACUGAAUGAGAAGGUCUUGGCUGCUGAGAAGGCUACCUACCAGCCACCACCGAAGGAAGGAGUGAUGGCAAGGGAGGAGUUGAAGGCGAAGCUGAAAGGAGUGCCCGUCGAGGAGCUGCAGGUGGAAGCUGUUGCAAUGGUGGCAGCAGCUGCAAAAGUGGAUCUAGAGACCCUGCAUAGGCAUUUAGGGCAUGCGGGGAUGGAGCGGAUUAAGGAGCUUGUGAAGAAGGGCAUGGCAGCCGGUGUGGAGCUGAAAGAAGGAGAUGGGAGCUGGGUGAUUAAAGACGUGGAGAAGGGGAAGACAGCAGUGACCAGGGAUGCCAUCUUCUAUGAAGAUGUCAAUUAUCUCCAGUGGAAGGGGGUAAACCAGGAGAUAGCAAUAGGAGCAGCAGCUGCGCUUGAUAAGGUGGAGAAGCUGCUUGUGGAGAAGGAGAACGAGGGGAUAGGGUGUGAUGAGGAGGAGACAGGAGGUGGUGCGGAUAAACCUACCAAGGAACCUAUAUUUUCAGAGCCAGCGAAGAAAAGGGUUGUAGAGGCGGUAGCAGAUGUGGAGGAAGAAGGGCGCCAUGAAGGAGAGCUUGGAGAGACGUGUGCCGAGGAGGAAACUCAGAGUGUGGAGGAUGUGGAGAACAGUGAUGGGUCAGCAAAGGAGGAUGGGAGUAGCCCAUGGAAGCUGAUCGAUAGUGACGCUACUUGUGAAGCUGCUAAGGAGAUAAAUGAGCUGCUGGAGGAUGGAGCCAUAGUGAUAGGAAAGGAACGAGGGCUUGACGAGAUAUACGCAGCGACAAAGGAAGUGAGUAAGGACGUGACACCGGCUGAGGAGUUGGGGCGCGGUCUGAGUGUCACAGGGGAGUUUGGAGAAGUACAGCCUGCCUAA